CAUGCGCAGAUUGCCGUUGAAGCGGACAGGAGGCGAUCCAGUCAGUAGCGCUUCCAUCGCGGAGAGAGCAGAUUGAACGGGUUGAGGCGUCGCUUUUCAGUUUCACAUCCAUCAUCAGCACCACAACCCCCGGACCACUGGGGAACAAGCGUUUAAUUCUCCUACUCUUUUACAAAUUUUCCCCAAAAACAUGUCUAUGGGUAGUGACUUUGGGAACCCUUUAAGGAAAUUCAAACUGGUCUUUCUGGGGGAGCAAAGCGUUGGCAAGACGUCUCUGAUCACGAGGUUCAUGUAUGACAGCUUUGACAACACCUAUCAGGCCACAAUCGGAAUAGACUUCCUAUCAAAAACGAUGUACUUGGAAGACCGAACGGUGAGGUUGCAGCUGUGGGACACGGCAGGACAGGAGCGCUUCAGGAGCCUCAUACCCUCCUACAUACGAGAUUCUACUGUGGCUGUGGUGGUUUAUGAUAUUACAAAUGUGAACUCCUUCCAGCAAACGUCCAAAUGGAUCGACGACGUCAGAACAGAGAGAGGAAGUGAUGUCAUUAUCAUGCUGGUCGGCAACAAAACAGACUUGGGAGAUAAGAGGCAGAUCACCAUAGAGGAAGGAGAACAGCGGGCCAAGGAGCUCAGCGUCAUGUUUAUUGAGACCAGCGCCAAGACAGGCUACAACGUCAAACAGCUGUUUCGACGUGUGGCAGCUGCCCUUCCUGGGAUGGAGAGCAUGCAGGAGACAAGCAAGGAGGGGAUGAUUGACAUCAAGCUGGACAAACCACAGGAGCCUCCAACCACUGAAGGCGGGUGCUCCUGUUAAUCCCAACACCUGAUUGGUGCAUCUUCAUCUCCACCACAUGCUUGUUGUGUUGGUUCACCUCCAGUAGAGCUUUCAGAUUGGAAUUUAUCUUAAUACUGGUCAUCAGUUGGAAACUAGCGUUACAUACAUUUCAGUUGUAAAAUAGUGUACUUUAUUAAAGGAAUUGCCAAAAAGUCUUAAAAAGUUACAAAAUGAUCAACAAACAAAAAAAAAAUCAGCCCUCUCAAACAUGUGAACUAUACUUUUUAUUUGUUGAAAAAGUAGAAUGGUAGGUAAUUUUAUUUUUAUUUUUUAUAUUUUUGUAUAUUAAAAGAAAUGCUUUGAAAAGUUGCAGAUGACCAAGUUCUCCCCUUGUGUAUCCCCAAUGGCACCCUAUUCCCUAUAUAGUGCACUACUUUAAGACCAUAGCCCUAUGGCACCCUAUUCCCUAUGUAGUGCACUACUUUUAGACCAUAGCCCAAUGGCACCCUAUUCCCUAUGUAGUGCACUACUUUUAGACCAUAGCCCUAUGACACCCUAUUCCCUAUGUCGUGCACUACUUUUAGAUCAUAGCCCUAUGGCACCCUAUUCCCUAUGUAGUGCACUACUUUUAGACCAUAGCCCUAUGGCACCCUAUUCCCUAUGUCGUGCACUACUUUUAGAUCAUAGCCCUAUGGCAUAGGGUGUCAUUGGGAUGGAAGGAACGAACAGCAUGGAACAAGUAAUCCAAUGGCUCGACAGAGAGCACACUAUUCCCUAUGUAGUGACCCCUAGUGCUCUGGUCAAAAGUAGUGCACUAUAUAGGGAAUAGGGUGCCAAUUUGGAUGCUGUAUAUCUAACACAUGUUGUUCUUUUUGUUUUUUGUUUUUUAGGUACUAUUGUGCUCUCUACUGAUGUACACGAGUUCGAAUAUGUAAAUGAUCUUUGAUCAUGUGACUUAAUGCACUCUUUGAAAAUGUCUUGUUAUUUUAGGUUUUUCACAAAAUGCUGUGAGUGAAACUGCAUUUGUAUACUUGAGUUUAGACCGUCGUUCAUUGUCAAACGUGUGUUUGUUAGUGUGUGUAAAUGUACGCUUUCUAUAUUAGGCAACUGUAGAUCGCAACCAUCCACAGAGGGCAGUUGCCAGGCGGUGUCCUCACUGAGGGCAAUGUCCUAGCUGGUUAUCACUACUGUAGAGGGCAGUUGCCAGGCGGUGUC